AAUUUCAAAAUUUAGUAAAAUUAACUGACUUGAUGAAAGAUGAAUUAGUUAAUGUUAAUGCUAAUUCACUUCAAAAACCAACUUUAAAAAAAGACAACCACCAUUUGGUUCGAUCUAAUUCAGCACAGUUUGAAG